AUGGACGCCAGCCCGGCCGAGGGACCCGAUCCCUUCAGCCGGGUGCUCCCCCUCCCCUUCCGCCUGGAACUCGAAAUCGUCCUGGGAUUCUGGCUCUGGGCUCUCAAUCUGCAUGGCUUCUACCUUCUCAACAUCGACAUCUUCACGCUGAUCCGAUAUCCGACGAGGCCGGCGGAGGAUGAGCCGCCGCUGCAUGUUUCGACGUAUAGAUUGGCGGGGCUCUUGACGGGUCUCUGGAUGGGCGCGAUGGUUCUGUUCUGGCACUUCACGGGGGGACAAGCAGACCUGGUCAUUGCAUAUGACUGGAUUCCCAAUCUGCUGUUUCUCGCUUUCUUGGCCAUUUUCUUGGUGCCUCGAUUUGGGUUUGCGAAGGCGAUCUUUGGAUCGACGAACGCUUCGGGCGUUACUCGCCUUUUUCACGGACUAAGACGCGUCGCGCUGGGAGGGAUCGCGGGUCCCAGACCGGAGAAGUUUGGAGAUGUCCUGCUUGCCGAUGCCUUGACUUCGUAUGCGAAGCCCAUCUCCGAGGUCUUUGUGGCUUUCUGCAUGUUCUUCAAGGGUGUGCAUACGACGGAUCGACCGGAUCGGUUGUGUGGGCACGAGUUGAUUGUGCCCCUGGCUCUUGCUUGGCCUUUUGUUAUACGGCUCAGGCAAUGUUUGAAGGAGGGGCAAUGGGCCAACGCGGCGAAGUACGCGACGGCGUUUCCGGUGCUUGCACUGAGUUCGCUGGCAAGGACGAACGAGGGCCUACAGUUCUUUUGGUGAGGUACCUUGGUCGUCGAAGGAACAGAACAUUUGCUGACGGUCAUGCAGGCGUCUUGCGGCUAUCACGAACUCGCUGUACAGCUUCUGGUGGGAUGUCUCUAUGGACUGGGAUUUGACGUUGCUUUCGAAGCAAAGGCACAUGCAACCGUUCGGCUUGCGACAGCAACGAGUGUUCAGGCUACCUAUGGUCUACUACCUCGUGGUUGCAUUUGAUAUCGUCUUACGAUUCGCAUGGUCGUUCAAGCUAUCGCUACAUUUGGUCUAUCUGGAUGGGAUAGAAGGCGGCAUCUUCCUAUUGGAAAUCAUGGAGUUGCUGCGCAGAUGGGUAUGGGUGUACUUCCGAGUAGAGACGGAGUGGGUGCGCUCCACGCCAGCUGCGAGUGUGCCGCUGUAA